AUGCUACUCAACGCCUCACACAAGCUCAGCUUUAGCGGCCUCCCCCCGGAUCUGCUCGAUGCCUAUGUACGGUACAAGAAAAGCACGCGUGCUCUUCUGACCUGGUUCCUCCAGCACAGCCCAACGCCAGACAAGCCAGUCAAGAGCUUGACCAUCAAGGACCUCGAGUCUCUAGCUCAGGUGGCGUCCAAGAAGAUACGUUCUCUGCCCGAUGUGGUGCACUUCUACUUCCGCGAGACGAUUUCAGAUCGCAAGAAAUUCAGCAAAUAUUACAGAUCCCAAGUCGGUGAAUCUUCUGACGAUGUCGAAACGAUCAAUCACGAACACUUCACUGAAACGCAAGUCCGCAAAUCGCCUUCGACAUCUCCCGUCUGUCAGCCACUUCGUCCGGUCAAUCUUUACGAAGGCCUGACCGUCGAAGAUGUCCAAGACCACGAAGGACAAACCCCUGGUGGGAAGGGGCCUUCAGGGCAGUCUAAGCCCAUUUCAUCGCCACCCUCCGCAUCUGAGGGCCAAGACCUAGACAUUUGUCUUGCAGAUGAUGAUCUGGGCAACGCUCUCGAACUGGCAGCCGUCGCACAGCAAAUUCACGACAUCUCGAGGUCGGUCGAACAAUAUUGGAGACUUGUUGGAGAGGGUACUCUGUCUUUGGCAUCCGCAUCUUUCAUCACCAAUGUCGCUUUUGCGUUGCUGCGCCAGGUCGUCAGUGGUUUGCUCCAACACGACGAAGACUUUAGCCUGGCAGACCUCCGUGAUUUGUGUUCUUCCAAGCGUGCGGUAGGUCAAAGUGAAGGUGGUGCGGAGGACCCGACGCGCACAACGCAAGCCCUGCUGGAUCGACUAGGGCAAAUUGAACAAAACCUAUCAGAUGUCUCGAACGGUAAAUUGCCUGUGGUUAACACAUCUUGCGCCAGCUGUGGCCAUAAAGAGGCUCAAGAAGCCCAGCGGAGGGUCAUCAAAGAGGAUGCCGGCAGCCAAUACCUCUCACCAGCCAUUAUAGAGAAGCUUGUCCUUUUCAUGAACAACAAAGCAACAGAAAUCGAGGUCAUCAAGACCGGGACACCAGUCUAUUGGGAUGUGUGCUGCUCCAUUUCGAAUUCGAAGAAUACUCAACAGUCUUGGUUGGCUGUUCUGGGAAUGAAUCUCCUGGUCCAAAGCACUCAAAGCUUUCUUCGAUCCAUUCCACAGCCACAAAUGGCCUCACAAGGUCGUAUCGUCGCGUUAAAGCUUGCACACCAAGCUCGCUUUCAUCUCACCACGAUCUUGAAGAACAAAGGUGCCUUUCCCUGCCGAUGUCCUCAAACCCUUGCCUGUCACCUGCAUGAUUUGGAAAGUCAGCUGCAUGGGUAUGCGAGCUACAAUUGCUGGGACCUUGUUUUUCAAUCGCCAUGGGUCGCCGGCAAUCAUGCCCUCGAAAUGGUAGAUCUGUGCCACUACUAUGGGUUGCACCUGCUCAAAUAUCGGCAUUACGUGGGCGCGGUGCUGCAUUCUUACAACGUUCUCAGGCAACUGGGCGGGCUAGAGGAAAUCCCGAUCCUGGAAAGUCUAUGCGUUCAAUUUGGCGAAGUCAUGUUUCCUGCGAAUAAGGCGCCAAAGUCCAACUUUCGCACAUGUUGGGCGAGACACGUGGGCGCCAGGUUGAAAUUCGAACAGGGUCACAAGGGCAGGAACCGGCAUGACAACUGGUGCCUUGCUAUCCCGGCUCAUGCGGCCAAGGCUGCAGCUGGAUUCGAUAUUCCCACUCACCACCACAAGCACAUGACGGGCUGUGUGUUGUUCCGCUACAAGCACCAGAACUACUACAUCAGUGAUGCUCAAAUACAGGCGCUUAAUCCCCCCAUUGUGCGUAGUCGCCAAGGUCGCGGAGAGUGGUCAACAACGAGGAUGUGCAAGGCAGAUGUGCAGAUCGUUGAAGCUGCAGGCCAAAAUCCAAAGCUAUUGCCGCUGGCGCUGGCGACGCAUCGAUUAAUCACCACGGGUAACUGCGGGCUCCUUCCUAUGGCCCGGGUGAACCUCAUUGCACUGUUUGAGCGAUGUCUCAGCGUGGUCUCCCAGUUGUCGGACAAGAUGCAUUCUGACAAGGAGGCUGAGAAGGGGAUCAACUGCAUCUGUUUCUGCAGUGAGAUUUUCAGCGCCGCAGAUCGUAUUGUUAAAGGCAGACGAAUGGGGAAGCUCGAGGCGUGGAAUGAAAACGAACGCAAGCUCAUUGAGGACACGAAAGAAGCAAUUCAAAAAACAUUUGGCUCUCUUACAAAAGAAGACCUGUUGUGGAGUAUCUGA